CUCUCCCCCAGUUGGCUUGGGCCCUGAGAAGCAUUUUCCUUUUUCUACCCUCACCUUUUCUGCAGCCGUUGCGAAAACCCGGAACGACGGAGCCGCAGAGCGGCGGAGCGGCGCCGCCGAGCUGCACCUCCCUGUCGGCUGCGCGCUGGGCAUGCUCAGUCUGCAGGGCCGCUUCAGCCCUCCGCGGAGGAAGCUAGGGCGCUCCGGCUGUAAGGAGCGGUGGCGGGGGAAAAAUGGAGCCCUUCACCAGUGAUCGGCUUCCGCUCCCUAGGAAUAUGAUUGAAAACAGCAUGUUUGAGGAAGAACCAGAUGUGGUGGAUUUAGCCAAAGAGCCUUGUUUACAUCCUCUAGAACCUGACGAGGUGGAAUAUGAGCCCCGGGGUUCACGACUGCUGGUGCGGGGUCUUGGUGAGCAUGAGAUGGAUGAGGAUGAAGAGGAUUGUGAGUCAUCUGCCAAGCUGCUGGGCAUGUCCUUUAUGAACAGAAGUUCAGGCCUUCGGACCAGUGCAACUGGCUACAGGCAGAGCCCAGAUGGGACUUGUUCAGUACCUUCAGCGAGAACCAUGGUGGUCUGUGCUUUUGUCAUUCUGGUUGCCAUUUCUGUAAUCAUGGUCAUUUACCUGCUGCCCAGAUGUACCUUUACCAAAGAAGGCUGCCAUAAGAAAAAUCAGUCAAUGGAACUAAUUCAGCCAUUUGCAAGAAAUGGGAAGUUAUUUCCUUGGGCACAAUUCAGGCUUCCCACUGCCAUUAUGCCACUUCGCUAUGAACUUAAUCUACACCCAAACCUAACCUCAAUGACAUUUAGGGGUUCUGUGACAAUUUCACUUCAGGCUCUUCAGGCCACAUGGAAUAUCAUUCUUCACAGCACGGGCCAAAAUAUUUCAAGAGUGACCUUUAUGUCAGCAGUUUCAAGCCAAGAAAAACAAGUUGAGGUUCUGGAAUAUCCAUUUCAUGAACAAAUUGCCAUCGUUGCCCCUGAAGCCCUUCUUGAAGGGCACAAUUAUACCUUGAAGAUAGAGUAUUCAGCAAAUAUGUCGAGUUCUUACUAUGGGUUUUAUGGUACCUCCUACACAGAUGAAAGCAAUAAGAAAAAAUACUUUGCAGCAACUCAGUUUGAACCCCUGGCAGCAAGAUCUGCUUUUCCUUGUUUUGACGAACCAGCGUUUAAAGCCACAUUUAUCAUCAGGAUCCUGAGAGAGGAGCAGUACACUGCUUUAUCAAAUAUGCCGAAGAAGUCAUCAGUCACUAUGAAAGAUGGACUUAUUCAGGAUGAGUUUUUCGAAAGCGUGAAGAUGAGUACUUACCUCGUUGCUUUCAUUGUGGGAGAGAUGAAGAAUCUGACUCAGGACAUAAAUGGAACCCUGAUUUCUAUAUAUUCUGUUCCAGAAAAGAUUGGUGAAGUUCACCAUGCCUUGGAAACAACUGUGAAGCUUUUUGAAUUUUUUCAAGACUACUUUGAAAUUCAAUACCCACUUAAGAAAUUGGAUUUGGUGGCUAUUCCUGACUUUGAAGCCGGAGCAAUGGAAAAUUGGGGUUUAAUCACCUUCCGAGAAAAGACACUUCUGUAUGACAAUACUACUUCUUCAGUGGCAGAUAAAAAACUGGUUACUAAAAUCAUCGCUCAUGAGCUGUCCCAUCAGUGGUUCGGUAACCUGGUAACGAUGCAGUGGUGGGAUGAUCUGUGGCUGAAUGAAGGGCUGACUACGUUCAUGGAGUAUUUCUCUCUGGAGAAACUGUUCAGUGAGCUGUCCAGUUAUGAAGAUUUCUUAGAUUCUCGAUUUAAAACCAUGAAGAAAGAUUCCUUGAAUUCAUCUCCUCCAAUAUCGUUGUCUGUUCAGUCUUCACAACAGAUAGAAGAAAUGUUUAAUUUUUUUUCUUAUUUUAAGGGAGCUUCUCUCUUGUUGAUGCUAAAAACUUUUCUCAGUGAAGAUGUAUUUCAACGUUCUUUUGUCCUUUACCUGCAUAAUCAUAGUUAUGCGUCCACUCAAAGCGAUGAUCUGUGGGAUAGUUUUAAUGAGGUCACAAACAAAACACUAGAUGUAAAGAAAAUGAUGAAAACCUGGACCCUGAAGAAAGGCUUCCCUUUAGUGACCGUCCAGAGGAAAGGAAAGGAGCUCCUGCUACAACAGGAACCGUUCUCCUCAAACACGAAGUCUGAAGUCCCGCCCGCAGAUGCUAGCCAUCUGUGGCACAUUCCACUGUCCAUUGUCGCUGAGGGAAGAAACUAUUCAAAAUAUCAAUUGGUAUCAUUUCUGGACAAGAAAUCAGAUGUCAUCAAUCUUACAGAAGAAGUGCAAUGGAUCAAAGUCAAUGUAAACAUGAGUGGCUAUUAUAUUGUACACUAUGCAGAUGAGGACUGGGACGCACUCAUCAAACAACUGAAAAUAAAUCCUUAUGUCCUAAGUGACAAAGACCGGGCAAACCUCAUCAACAACAUCUUUCAACUUGCAGGCCUAGGCAAAGUGCCUCUUCGGAGGGCUUUUGAUUUGAUUGGUUAUCUUGGAAAUGAGACCUCUACUGCACCCAUCACUGAAGCCCUGUUGCAGACAGGCCUCAUCUAUGACCUCCUUGAAAAACUGGGAUGUUUGGAUCUGGCCUCGAGAGUGGUGACCAGGGUAUUUGAGUUGCUGCAAAACCAAAUUGAAAAGCAAACUUGGAGCGAUGAGGGCAGCACGUCUGUUCGAGAGCUGCGGUCAGCCCUGCUGGAAUUCGCUUGCACCCACAGCCUGGGGAACUGCAGCACUGUCGCCCAGAAGCUAUUUGAUGAUUGGGUGGCAUCCAACGGAACUCAAAGCCUACCUACUGAUGUCAUGACUGCUGUGUUCAAAGUUGGAGCAAAAACUGAGACAGGCUGGCACUUCCUCUUAAGCAAGUAUGUCUCUAUAGGCUCUGAAGCAGAGAAGACUAAAAUACUUGAAGCUCUUGCCAGCUCAGAGGACAUACGGAAACUUCACUGGUUAAUGAAAACCAGCCUCAGUGGGGAUACCGUCCGAACGCAAGAGCUGUCAUUUAUCAUUAGAACAGUGGGCCGAAGCUUUUCUGGAAACUUACUGGCGUGGGAUUUUGUCAAAGAGAACUGGGAUAAGCUUGUACAGAAGUUCCAUCUGGGUUCCUAUACCAUACAAACUAUUGUUGCUGGAUCAACUCACCUGUUUUCAACAAAGGCACAUUUGUCGGAGGUCCAGGCGUUCUUUGAAAAGCAGCCAGAGGCAACCUCUCGGCUUCGUUGUGUCCAGGAAGCUUUGGAAGUCAUUCAGUUGAAUAUCCAGUGGAUGGAGAAGAACCUUGAAACUCUGACGUGGUGGCUGUAGCAUGCGAACUGCGCUCAUUUUGUCGCCCCUCAGAGAGCUUGUUAACCUGGGCUCUGUUAACUUUUGCAAAACCCAACGCGAAGCCAAGGAUUGCUGCUGAGUUGUUUGCACUCUUAGGAGUUCUAGUUAGCUCAGGGCCCAUCUGUAUUUUUCAUCAGUCUUUCCUGAAAUGUCAUUGGGUAGUAUGUAGUUAUUUAUUACAAAAUUAUAUUCACCUAUAUGCCAAUCAUCUACAAAAACAAUGAUUAAUUUUUCUACUUUGAAGAUACACAAAUGAGGAAUAAAAUCUGUUUUGGAAUUCUA